AUGGCCACGCUUGGCUUGUGCCUGCUCUGUGCCCUGGUGGUCUCGCCCGCCCUCGCUGCCCCCGUGGGUGAUUCGGAGCCGGCGCAGCAGGAAGAGCUCACGCUGCUCUUCCACGGCGCCCUGCAGCUGGGCCAGGCACUCAAUGGCGUGUACAGGACCACCGAGUCGCGGCUGGAGGAGGCCAGUCACAGCCUGGGGCUCUACGGCCAGACGCUCGGGCUGCUGGGGCAGGAGGUGAGCCACGGCCGGGAUGCGACCCAGGAGCUCCGCACAGACCUACUGGAGAUGCAGGUGGAAGAAGACAUCCUGAAGCUGCAGGUGGAGAGCACGGCCCAGGCCCUGGGAGAAGUGGCCCAGGGGCAGCGGGUGCUGAGGGAGAGCAUGCAGCGCCUGGAGGCUCAGCUGAGGGGCGCCUGGCUGGGCCCCGCGCACCAAGAAUUUGAGGCCUUAAAGGCGCAUGCCAACGAGCAGAGUCACAUCAUUUGGGCCCUCACGGGCCACGUGCAGCGACAGAAGCAAGAGAUGGAGGCGCAGCAACAGCGUCUGCGACAGAUCCAGGAGCGGCUGCACACGGCAGCGCUCCCGGCUUGAGCCCAUCGGAACCAACUGAGGAUCCAGUCAAGCAUCAUCGUCAAGCAUCACCGGCGACUUGGGACACGCCCACGCCCCGCAGGGCGCCUGCGCGUAGAGGCGCGGGAGGCAGGCCCGCUUCCGCUUCCGGCCACGGAGCCCAGACGGAAGCAGGCGGAGUGAUGCAGGCCGAGGACAUGGCCCGUCGGCAAGGAGUGGAGGAAGGACGUGUACCCCUUCAUUUACCGA